UUUGACAUUUUCUGACAAUUUUUUUGUUCUACUAACUUUUUACUCUUUUAGCACGUCAUACAAUUUUACAAUUUUCGGUAGUUACAUAUUUUGCAAAAAGAAAAAAUAAUAAUAAAUCCACGAUUGUUUCUUUCGCUAUUAUUAUGUAUAUGAAUUGAUUGAUACCAAUCGUUAUGGAAAAGUUUCCUUUGAAGGGUAAUCGUGAAAUUGCUGCAGAGGGAAAUAGCUACAUAACGGCGUACCAGUCUGUGUUGAAAAAGUCUAACGGUCAUACGGCUGGCGAAACUAGUAAUUCCGACCAUCCAUUAGCAGCCCCAUCAAGCAGUGCAGCAACGACAUCGCUUACUACGCCAGAAGAUGAUGAUGAAAUGAUUGACAUUACUCCGCGAUCAAGUCCCGGCGAAGUUUCUAAUCACUUUAACACAUAUAGUCGUACAAGUACAGCAGACAAUUCUGAUAUGGAAAGAGAGCGCGGAGAUUACCUUCAUCACCAACAACAAUCUGUUAGUAAUAGUCAUCAAAAUCAACGUACACAUCAACAUGUGCCAACACACAGUGCGUUUGGAGAUUCAUUGGAUGGAUUGUCAUUCUACGGAUCUACAGAACCACAUGAUGAUAUACCCGGCAUUGGCCAAUAUGAUGAUUUUCAUACGAUAGACUGGCAACGCGACAUAGCACGGGAUCGCAUGCGUCAUCGUUAUAUUGUUAAGAAGCGACAAGAUUCGUUGUGGGAUUUAGUGAAAGGAGCACAUGAUGCUUGGUCCGGUUGGCUGUGCGUCCUGCUGGUUGGUAUUGCAGCGGGUUGCGUAGCUGGCAUGGUUGAUAUUGGAGCUAGUUGGAUGUCCGAUUUAAAACAUGGAAUCUGCCCGCAAGCGUUUUGGUUUAAUCGCGAGCAGUGUUGUUGGCCUUCAAAACAGUCGGUAUUUGAAGAGGGAAAUUGUUCAACGUGGAAAACAUGGCCUCAAGUUUUUGGCUUAAGUCGAGAGGGGACUGGAGCGUACAUCGUGUCCUAUAUUUGGUAUGUUCUCUGGGCCUUGCUGUUUGCUGCGCUUAGUGCUUCUCUUGUGCGUAUGUUUGCUCCCUAUGCCUGUGGAUCUGGUAUACCGGAAAUAAAAACAAUUUUAUCCGGUUUUAUUAUAAGAGGCUAUUUGGGAAAGUGGACCUUGCUUAUAAAAUCGGUGGGUCUCAUGCUUUCCGUCUCAGCCGGGUUGACUUUGGGCAAGGAAGGUCCAAUGGUUCACAUUGCCAGUUGUAUUGGAAACAUAUUUUCACACUUGUUUCCCAAAUACGGCCGCAACGAGGCGAAAAAACGUGAAAUUUUGUCAGCAGCUGCAGCGGCAGGCGUUUCUGUUGCUUUUGGGGCGCCCAUCGGAGGUGUUUUGUUUUCCUUGGAGGAAGUCUCAUAUUACUUUCCGUUGAAGACACUAUGGCGUUCCUUUUUCUGCGCAUUGAUUGCAGCCUUUGUUCUGCGUUCCUUGACGCCCUUUGGCAAUGAACAUUCUGUUCUUUUCUUCGUCGAAUAUAAUCAACCAUGGAUUUUCUUUGAAUUGAUACCAUUUGUAUUUUUGGGUAUUAUGGGGGGUAUAAUUGGCACACUUUUCAUAAAGGCAAAUUUGUGGUGGUGUCGUUUUAGGAAAUUCAGUAAAUUGGGACAAUAUCCAGUAAUGGAAGUUCUGGUUGUCACUCUAGUCACUGGCAUAAUUUGCUAUCCGAAUCCGUUCACCCGCAUGAAUAUGAAUGAACUUAUAUAUCUUCUCUUUAGUCAAUGUUCGCCGGGAGAUGUCUCCAAUCCUCUAUGUGAUUAUACACGCAUGAACAUAACCAAUGGCGCAUCUUCGUCCAUAGAGGUUACACAAUUGGGUCCUGGUGUCUAUCGGGCGAUUGGCCUUUUGAUUUUGACAUUUUUCUUGAAAUUAGCUUUAACCGUUUUUACUUUUGGCAUGAAAGUUCCUGCCGGUCUUUUUAUACCUUCUCUUCUGCUUGGGGCAAUAAUGGGUAGAAUAGUGGGCAUUGCUGUUGAGCAAUUCGCGUACAGUUACCCAAAUGUGUGGUUUUUCACUGGAGAAUGUGUGCAAGGCAAUAAUCUGAUAACGCCUGGUUUAUAUGCUAUGGUGGGAGCUGCAGCUACCUUAGGUGGCGUAACCCGAAUGACGGUAUCGUUGGUGGUUAUAAUGUUCGAAUUGACAGGGGGUGUUGGUUACAUAGUACCAUUAAUGGCCGCAGCUAUGGCCUCAAAAUGGGUGGGCGAUGCACUGGGUCGACAGGGUAUUUAUGAUGCUCAUAUUGCUCUGAACGGCUAUCCUUUCCUAGACAGCAAGGAAGAAUUUGCUCAUACAACGUUAGCUGCGGACGUAAUGCAACCAAAACGGAAUGAAACAUUGAAUGUUAUAACUCAGGACUCAAUGACAGUUGAUGAUAUUGAAACACUGUUGAAGGAAACGGAACACAACGGCUAUCCCGUAGUAGUGUCAAGAGAGAAUCAGUACCUUGUCGGUUUCGUAUUGCGCAGAGAUCUCAACUUGGCCUUAGGAAAUGCAAAACGUUUCGUGGAGGGUAUCAACGGUCAGUCAGUUGUGCUAUUUACAUCGACAGCGCCUGCACAAAACUUGGGACCACCACCAUUAAAGUUGAAGAAGAUUCUCGAUAUGGCCCCAAUUACCGUAACCGACCAGACACCGAUGGAGACUGUUGUUGACAUGUUUAGAAAAUUAGGCCUCAGACAAACCCUGGUCACUCACAAUGGUCGAUUGUUGGGAGUUAUCACGAAAAAGGAUGUACUACGACAUGUCAAACAAAUGGAUAAUGAGGAUCCAAACACUGUUUUAUUCAAUUAAUUCGGCAGGCAUACAGAAUUUAUUAUCAUAACAAUCACCUAUAAGAAUAACACGCGAAAGCACUUCAUUCAAACAUUGUUUUGCCUUUUUGAUUGAUUAAUUAAUACAACAAACCCAAUAAAAUAAAGUGUUUUCAUCGUGUCGUUCUACUAUUGAAUUCGUUAUAACAAAUGUACUAAACAAUAUUUUGUUUAACACAAUUACGAUUAAAUAGAAAAAAAACUACUAUAGUUAUUGUAACAUUAGACGGCACGAAUGAUACAGAAAUGUUAGGAAAUAAUAAUGAUGUAAUUAGUAUAUACCAAUUAUGAAAAAAAAUAUAUAAUGUAUGUAUAGACCGAAAUAGAAAAUCAUCUCUGUAUGUUGUAUUGUAAAUCUUUUU